CAAUGGGAGAUCUGUGUCUGGUCUACUGUUCAACCUUUGUAUGCCCCUCUCCUUUUUUUUUUUUCCUCUUGGCCACAUAUAAAACCCCUCUCACCAUUCCUCUUCACAUCUCACUCUCAUUGAGUCAUUGUGCCUUCUUCUCCUUCAGCUGAGCCUCUCUUCCCUUCUCAGGCCUCUCUUGUAUAUACACAUUUUUGUAUAGAUUUCAUAUCAACUUCUUGCACUUUCCAUUGCAAAGAAGCUUUGAAUUUGAUUUGAUCAGCUUGGUGUCCAAAUGGAUCCUAUGAGCAUGGUGAAGAUCAGGGCCAUGAGCAAGUGCAGCAACUGCAGGAGGCAGCAGCAGAUGCAGAUGCUGCUCCCUACCAUGGCAGCCUGCAUGGUGGCCACCUCUGUGCUCUGCCUGCUGGUGACCAGCCCUGUCUGGGCUCCCAGGCUGUGCUCUCUCAUGGCCUUCUUCUUCCUCACCACCCUCCCUGACCUGGCCAUGGCCUUCCUGCUCAGCCCCAAGUGCCUCUUUGUCGUCGGCAACCUCAUCGUCGCCUUCCUCGUCGGCGAGUCCAGGCUUUCGCCGAAGGCGGAGCCGGCAUCCCUGGUGAAUGACAUACAUGAGGAGCAUGUCAAGAGGAACGCCGCGACGGGCGCGAAGGCGGUGGCGGCCAUUGAUCACAAUGCUAUGGUUGGAGAAUUGGGGCAAGGAGAGGAAGAAGAAGAGGAGGAGGAGGAGGAAGAAGAUGAUGAUGAUGAAGAAGAAGAAGAGCUGCACCAGAGAGUGGAGGACUUCAUUGCAAGGGUCAGGAGGCAGAGGAGGAUGGAAGAUAAGAGCUUCUUUGACACUGAUCGAUGAUGAACACAAUUUCCUUGGAUUUGGAAAGCUGCAAAGAAGGAUUAUUGAACCCAAAAUUAAGGAUCUUUGAUGCUUAGUUUCAUCUAUCUUGUUAGGGCCACAGAUAAAGAAGAAGAGUUCACUGGCUCACUUCACUGUAGGAGAUUAUGCAUGCACUUUAAAAUUAGAGUGUAUCUGAUCCGGUUUAGCCAUGCCAAAGAAUUAGGCAGGGAGAGGGAAAAAAAGAGAGACAAGGAAUGUGUGUGAUCUAUGAAAAAAAAAGCAGAAAAAGAAAAAGUGAUGCAUUGUGUCUUUCUCUUAUCUUGCUUUGUGCCUAAUGGCAAUGUGUAAUGUCACCAUUAUUACAUCACUUAUCCUUGGGAACAAUGAGGCCAAGUACACUCAACCUGAUCGUCACUCAGAUGUCGGAUACUGUAUGUACUAACAAAGUUGCUCAAAACCUAACAUGAAAAGAGGUACAAGCCUAGCAUUUGUAUGAU